AUGGAGGACGGUGCGUCCUUCUCCGGCUCCCUCCGCUGGCUGCUGCUGGCGAUGGCGCUGCUUUCGCUGGGUGUUUUGGAGACUCGAGCCCAACCACCAGAAGCUCUCAACUACCCGAACGUGAUCACGUUCGGCGUGUACUCCGGCACCAUCUGCUACUCCAACACCGUCAACGUGAAAACGGCCAUGCACGUGACCACGCGCUCGUUCACCUUCGUCCCGGCGACCGCACUCCUAUACGUCAUUUGCUACAACAACCUGAAGCAUCAUCCGUUCGAGGCGCAGCUCGUCGGUGGAGGACUCGGUGCCACAACGCAGACCAGCAUCGUGCUGACAUCCUCGUCGGGGAAACUUUACGUCAAUUGUGACGCAUAUUGCAAAUAA